CUCUCAACGGGUGAGCACGUUGCAUCGUGUUAGUCCGGGGAAAAUUCGAGUAUUUCGCAAGAAAGAAAGGAUUUUCAGCCGUACUUUGACGAUUCGACCCAGCCACACAGCGAGAUUUUCGCUUGUAGUCAAGUGAAAAGAAAGUCCACUGGACUAUAAACGAAAAUUAACUGGCAAUAUAGCCUUAGUUGCUGUGCCAUCAAUUCGGCGUCAUCUCAAGUGAGGUGACGCCAACCAGAAAGGAAGAAGAAGAAGAAGGCAUGCUUUACGCAAACGCGUUGGUAUUGUAGCGUAUAUAAAAAUGUAGUCAUUAUGUACCGGUUAUCGAUGGAUUUCAGUCCGGUCGAUAUCAAGGGUACAAAUACAUUUUCGGAGGGAACCGAAAAAGUGCAUUACACAAUCGAGUAUUUUCUCCAUAAUAGUAAGGAUAAGUACCAGCAAUGGCAACCAAAGUUUUGAAAUACUAUUACGAUUUACUUUCACAACCGUCUCGAGCCUUAUACAUCCUGCUGGAGCAGUCGAAGAUUUCACACGAAAAGUGUCCAAUAGCGCUGAGAAAAUUGGAGAAUCGAACGAAGGAGUUCAUAGAAAGCAUCAGUCGCUUCGGUAAAGUACCCUGUAUCGUGCAUGGAGAUUUCAAACUAGCUGAAAAUAUAGCCAUCUUUCGCUAUUUGGAUCGAGAGUUUGGCUUUGGCGAGCAAAAUUGGUACCCUAAGGAUCGUGUAAUCCGAGCCCGAGUCGAUGAGUAUCUGGAAUGGCAACAUGCCAACCUACGAGCCCAGUGUACGCUGUAUUUUAUGUAUGUGUGGCUUGGACCUUUGAAGGGCAUGGAUGUGGACCCGGACAAGAGUCUGCGGCUGCGGGAUAAUAUGAUCAAAUGUUUGCAUCAGUUUGAAAUCGAGUGGUUAGAAGAAGGCCGGAAACCCUUCUUAACCGGACAGGACAUGACUUAUGCUGACUUGCUGGCUGCAUGUGAAAUAGAGCAAACUAAAAUAACUGGAUUCGAUGCUAGAGCAGGAAGACCCCAUCUAGCGGCAUGGUUAGAACGGGUUCGAAACAGAACGAAUCCAUUCUACGAUCAAGCUCACCGCAUUAUCUACAAAUUGACACCGGAAGAGAUUGACACACCGAACGUGGAUUGACGUGCAUUAUAGUAAAAAUUGUACUUUCUAAAUUUUCUAAAUUGUUCACAUUUUGAAUAGGAGAAAAAUAUGAAAUAAAACGCAAUAUAUGAUCAGUUA